GUAUUUUUUAGGCGCACUGGGAAACAGGUUGGAGUCUUGUUUACUAACAGAAAGUUGUCGCAUUAAUUAACAGUGGGGAGUAAUACUGUUAUAGUUUUGUUUCAAGGCGGCUGGGCUGGGAGGGCAGCCGGCGUGGCAGCAUGGCGGAUGAGGCGGGCAGUCUGCCCCUGCGGCGCCUGGAGGUGCCCAUCCACAAGUUCAUCAAGGUGGCCAUCCCCACCGACCUGGAGCGCCUCAGGAAGCACCAGAUCAACAUCGAGAAGUACCAGCGCUGCCAGCAGUGGGACAGGCUGCACCAGGAACACAUCAAUGCCAGUCGCACUGUGCAGCAGUUGCGUGCCAACAUCCGCGAGAUGGAGAAGCUGUGCGCGCGCGUGCGGAGCGAGGACACCAGGGCACUGGACAGGCUGGUGCGGCCCACGCGGGAGCAGGCCUCCGUCGCCGCCGGCGACUUCCUGCGGCUCCACUCCGAGACCGCCGCGCCGACAGGCGUCCAGCCCACGGGCCCCGAGAGUCCCCCGGCUCCCAGUCUCUCCCGCUCGCUCACCGCACUAGGCAGUUUCUCUGGCGGCGAGGAGAGCAGCAUUCCCCUCCAAACUCAGACCCAGCUGCCCCUGCCAGAGAUACCCCGAGACCAGAACGCUGCAGAGUCCUGGGAGACGCUGGAGGAGGACUUGUUAGAGCUAAAUGGCCUUGUGAAUGAGUUUGCUGAGCUGGUCCAUUCCCAACAGGAGAAGAUUGACAGCAUUGAAGACCAUGUCAACACUGCCGCUGCGAACGUUCAAGAAGGAUCCCGGAGCCUGGGGCAGGCUGCCAGGUACAAGAUGGCGAUGCUGCCCGUGGCAGGCGCUGUGAUCGGUGGGGUCGUGGGGGGCCCUCUGGGGCUGCUGGCGGGAUUCAAGGUGGCAGGAGUGGCGGCGGCUGUGAGCGGGGGGCUGCUGGGAUACGCCGGGGGCAACCUGCUGCAGAAGAGCCGGCGCGCCAAGGUGGACACGCAGCUGCAGCAACUGUCUACCAGCUGCCCUGAGCUCUGUAAGCAGGAGGACAAGAAGAAGCAGUGAGCAGAGGAGAGGGUCUGGGGGAGGUGAGGGGAUAGCGGGUCCCAUUUGUGCGUCUCGCUUUCCCGUUCCACCUCUUUGUCAAAUCAGCUCCCAUCUUUACCUCUCGUCUCCAUUCCCUUUUCAUCCGAUCCAUUACCCCUUUCCAGGGAUUCCGUAACACGUGGUCACGAAAGGGCCUGGAAUUCACUGUAACUGAGUUUUGAAAAAGAAAUGGAGUGGGAAUUGGACCUGGCUUUGUGCAACAUGAGUUGACAGCAGCCCUCCACUGUCGGCCCCUCUCCACUUGUCCCCCAGCGCUGCACAGAUUCAGCCCAUUCAGAGAGUGACACCAAGGAUUCACUGAACCACUCGGCAAGGGGAAGGGUUUGCCUUGUUUUUUAGGUGCCUAGCUCCCUAACCCCUGGAAACAUCACACCUGUGAGUCAGUGCAAGACCUCUUAUUGUCCUCCGGGAGCAGAAAGAAUAUAGACAGGGAUCUGAAUGACUUUGCCAAAGAUGCUACUCAAAUACAUUUCCUGUGCCUGUUCUAAUUGUUCCAAACGCACAAGUUGCCGUAAAAUCAUCAGGCCCGUCCCUACGGCCUCUCAUCUGAAGUUGUACAUUUUGCCCUGUGGAAGACAGCUCUUGGAAUGGAUGGCUUGCAGGUACCCCUUGGGCCCGCCUGGCGGAAGUACUGGUGAGCCCCGCUCAUGAGGUUGGUCUUAUCUGACAAAGGCAUUUCCUGCCUCACUGAGCACUGGAGUGCAGCUUGAAACUUUCUACGUGGAAAGCAGAAGCAGCCUGCUAAGGUGCAGGAUGAAUUACAAGCAUCGGUGCUCCGGGGUACCUAAAAUUGAUAAUGUCCUAAGAUCUGAAGAAAGGACUGUCUUUUGGUUCAGUGUAAAGAUACAGGGGGUUGCAGGACUUUAGCUGGUCCCUGAAUUUCCCCCUAUAUAAAAAAACGGUAGUAAUGUACUCAGGGGACAGUCGGGAGUAGAUAUCGCAUGGAGGUAAUACAAAGGUUAAAACAUUUCACUGAAAAGCACAUAAUAUAUGAAAUUCUACAAGGAAGGAUUGUGAGUUUAUAGUGUCAGGUUUUUAUAGCUUGGGAGAGGGAAUUUUACAAUACAGUGGCCUUGUGCAAUAUACACUUACUUUAUUGAAUCAGUUGAUGCUGAAGAGAAUGAUUUAAGAGAAAAGGUGUCUGACAUAUGAAUGGGUAAUUGGGAGUCAUGUGAUUCAGGUGGCACUUUUAUUUGAAGAAGGCGUGUGCCAGGCUGAGCCGACGACGAGCUCCACGUUAAACUGUCUCCCAGGUGCUUGCAUUGGUCUUUGCAUUUUUUCAAGUGAUUGAAAUAAAUGAAAGCAACACGUAAUUGUCCCUGUCUAUAAAUGGUAAAAUGCCUACAAAACACCUAAAAAAAAAAUGUCCUGCCUGGGUCCUGGUUUUGGCUAAGGCCUAGAGCAAAUCCAAGGACCUGUGUGUCCUUGACUAGCUGCAAAAUCAAAGUAGUGUUGUGCUGGUUUGCUGUUGUUGAGUGGGCUGAUGCGUUUGGGUUCUGGCAGACAAGAAUGCCACCAUCAGCUGAGACAUUUGGAAUCUGUCACUGAAUUUGCAUUGAAGGUUAGAUACACUGCAAGCCUUGGGUCGGUUUUCUCUACAAGACUGUUAAGCUGCGAACAGCUCGGGGGGGGAAUGAAACCCUGCAGCAGUUUCCUGUCCUGCUGCAAGGCCUCGUCUCGGCUCAUGCACAGAACUGAGCUGGGGAGCUGAGCGUUUUCCCGCGCGUGCCUGGGCUGCAGUUCCUACACUUUACCACUGGGGGACCGAGUGUGAGUGCCUCCACUGACACUGAUGGCCUUCAGUCGGAGCACUCCGACACAAGAGAACGGGCAAGGCCAGGGUGCUUUGUGUUGAUGCAAGUGCAUGAGCUGUGAAAAAAGGAGUUUCUAUCAUUCUGUUUACAGCAGGACUAGGUGGCUGCUACAGAUAUCAGAUGCAGAGGCUUGAGAGUCUGAAUUCUUUGCACUCCCUUGGGGUUGGGUACCGCAGCUAUCAGGAAAUGUGCCAACAUCUGCUACUUGGGUCCUUCAGAUUGUAGCUGAUUCUAAUAUCCCAGAUUCCUGCUGCCCUGCCCAUGUGCAGUGAGAAGACCUGGCACAUAUUCAGCUGUGCAGAGAGAGCGAUGCACAGUUCUGUCUCCAGUGUGUUUUUCAUAAACCAAAUUGUGAACACCUGGAGACGAAGUGUACUUUCACCACUCAAAUUAUAUAAUUGGUGUCACUUGUGUAAUUUUCAAUAAAAUGUAGGAGAAACUGAUGUCAACAGAUUUUCGUAGCCAUAAAGCGGCGACUACUGGAGUGGAUUAGAUUUAUUCUGUUUGGAAGCAUUUAAGAUAAAGACCCUCUUCUAUGUCAUGCUGUUGCCUAUUUUAAACGGGAAGACAGGUUAACUAGACAGAAUCCUUUUUGCCUGUGCUGUACUGAUUUAUUUAAGGAUUAGAUCAAAACCCCACAGCAAAGCAUGGCAAAAUGCUGCAGUCUUUAAAUGAUCAGAGGCAGACAAACCUCUGAUUACUUUCAGAUGACAUAGCAGUGUUCUGUCAACAAUGAAGAGGACAGAAGCUGAAACAUUAAUUCGCAAACAGAUCAUUUUAAAUUUCUUCACAGGAAAACUGGGGAUGGUUCUUUUUUAUCAGGGUGAAUAUUAUUUUUCAUUUCUGAAUAAUUGCAUUCGUAAGUAAAUCUCUCCAGUCUUUGCCUGUCUUAAAUCCAGUACAACAUUCACUGCAAUGGUUAAGGUACACUUGUAAGCACAGAUCACACAGUACCACCUUGUGCCCGACUAUUGUAAUAGCAGGGAUAAUCUGUCAAAGGCUGUGGUAAGGUCUUUGUACUUGCCCUGACAAUCGUGGGUUCCUCAAAAUGAUUCACCAAUAGAUUUUUAUAGUAUCAGAAUGAGCAGGCUUUCAUGCAAAGUGCAACUGAGGAGAAGGCAGCAGUAGCCUUUUUUGCUUGGUAAUUUUUGUCAUUCAGUGUUGAGGUCCUGCUGGUAAUAGUGUUGUUAUAAAACAUUACAGGGUAGUAAGAGAUGAGAAGCAAGUCUUAGGUUUACCGUUGCUUGUGCUCUUCCUCAAAGUGUGGUAAAUUGUAAAAUUGUACGUGAUGCAAGGACCCAAACUCUUGCACUCUUUAAGGAAUCCCUGGAUAAGCAGUUGUUCCUGUUGAUCUGUUGCUCGAUCGCGGAAGCCAUCUGGACAGCUCAGCGACGGUUUCAACAGCACAGCGGACCCUCUGUUCAGUCAUCUGUCUUUCUUACCGAGUGAUAACGCAGGCUUUUCUGAAAAGGAACAGGUUUAUGGCAUCGUGCAAUCCCUGCAGCCUGAAUCUCUUUCAUUGUGUUGAAUUGUGUUUUGUUGUUUUUUUCAAGUUUAAAAUGUGGAAUUGUGUACAAUCACAUGUUUUCAAAGUGACAGACCAGUAGGUUUUUAAGGGCACCUUCAACUACUUUAGACACGGAGAACCGUUAAAUAUGUUGUGUUUAGAGAACAAUCAAGUAAUUGGCAGAUGAGACCGAAGACUCUGAAAACCGCAGGAGCCUGUAGGCCUCUGGGGACAAGUGUGGUGCAGAUCGUAAGCUCUGUGGCUACGCAAGCUCCAGUCGUAGAAGCACAGUACAAGUCGGGGAUUUUUUUUACUAUCUCCUAUAAAGCAGUGGUAAAAACCCUAGCUGGCUUCAAUAGAAACUCUUUAAGAAGGCCCCAAAGACAAGACAAAGAAGCCAUUUUAAAGGGAAACACUGUCCUUCAGGCCAGUACAUUUAUUUAGUCACAAUGUGGCAUGAUUACAGUGUGGUUGCAUACUUAACUGUCAAACUGUGACUUUAACAGUGGCUGGCUGGGUGGGUGUGGUGUUUGAGAAUACAAGUACGUACCAAAAGAAGUUCGUGUUUUAGGUCAUAAACAGGUUUGCAGCUGCGGAAUGAAAAGUAUUCUCACAUAAGUGAAGGAGGCAUAUUCUUUCAUAUGCUACAGCUCCUCUCCAUUGCUACAGUAUUUCAUUUGAUUAGUUUUCCAGAUUUUGUGUUCCUUCUGAUUAGUGUGCAUUUUUGGCCACAAUGAUAAAUGGAGACCGAUUUAUAAAGUUUCAUGAUGAAUACUAGACCUGUUCAAACUGUUCUCCAAUGAUAGACAGAACAUUCUGUAGUCACAGGCACAGAGCCCCUGUGGUAGUGUGAUGAGAGCUGUGGUCAACAGCCUUCCUUUGAGAGGGAUAAAGGCAAAUUUGGCCUUUUCAUUUAUCUGCACAGUAUUCCAAAUGGUUAUCAGUUAUUUAUUUGAUACCAAGUACAAAUCGAAGUCAGACUAGCUUCCCUGAAUUAGGUUGUAUAAUGAAGUACGAUAGUAGUAUAAUAGUAGUCUAGUCCUAAUCUUAAUCAACAACUUUUGCCAACACAUACCAUAUAAGAAUCAUUAAAAUAAUCAUUUAGUCCUGGUUUGAGCAUGAAUUGAAAGAGCCAAAGUUGGCAAGCUCUGCAUGUGCUCUGAAGAACUCCCACUAUUCUUACUGGAGAUAAAAAAGUGACUGUGAUGUAGGGAAACAAGUGGACAUCACUGUAUGUGGUAUACAAAUAGUACGCACCCAAGAUAUAUUGACAGUACAUAACCUUAUCGUUAGCAAUAACCCCCCCUGCAGAAGAAUGGGUUACAGAGCGGAAAAAAGCAGUGCUACUUUACAGUGCUUGAUUUACAGGAUCUCAAACAGUGAACACCCCCCCUUUCACUAUCACACAGGGAAUGGCCUAUUACACUUUCUCCCUAAGCUCUGAGCAAGACAUCUCUAAUUUAUCUUAGAACAAAAUGGUGUGAAUCAAGCACAGGCAACUCUUACACUCAAGGACUGAGUUACCACAAGUAUUUUAAUUAGCAACUGACACAAGACCUGUCACAAAACAUGUGAUCGAACAUUUUAUUCAUGUAAUGACUUCCAUUAAGGAGAAGUGAAAUUAAAUCCAAAGGACUGAUGCCGCCGUCUUAUGGUUUUAUAUAAUUUAUGAUUUGCUGUCCAAUUGUUCAAUAAUAAUGCACUUUAGAGAACAAGACAGGAUAUUAAAGUUUUGACCAUAUCAGGCACAAAAACAUAGCUCAGGAAUGGUGGAAAAAAAAUGUUUUUAAAUGUUAAGGUGCAUGUCUUUAGAAAUGUGAUUAGAUCAUCAAUGGAGAGCCGUGACUUAAGUAAGCUGGAAAGCCCCUUUAUGAAGGCAACUUUUGAUGUACCACACAGAGCCGGUAUGGUAGCACCAUAUUAUACAUGUUGAUGUAAGAGCGGAACAAAGCACUGCUGUGUUUUAAAUGUGCUGCAGAGACCACACUGCUGUUUCUGCGCCAGUCACGUCACGGAGGCUAAGUCCCAGUGACCUCAGGACACUGCACUGUCGGUGUUCUUAAUCAUUAGUCACAAGGCCUGCCUUCCCCUCACGUUGCAGGUUUCUAAACGUUUACCCUCCGAGUACAGGUUUCUUUUUGAACACCUCCCCAUCUGUCUGCCGACUCCAAAAAGGCCUCUUGCAUUCUGGUGCAGGUUGAUUCACGGGCGAUCAGAUGGCAUAGUGAAUGGUUUCACGUAUGUGUAUGUAUGUGCAGAUAUAUGCAAGAGGUCCUCGUUUUCAGCAGGUUUUUAUUUUAUAACACUAUUGUGCCACGCCCACACAUAUGAGCGCACAGACUGUUAUAGGGCAUGUUCUGCAUCAUGCUAUUCUCUAGUGAGCCAAUAGUGUUAGAAAUCGUGCAGUGAUCAGUGCCUGAAUGUAAUGCAAUGAAAACAUGGUUUUGUUGGUGUAGCUGCAAAACAUAUUCCUUUGCGUAUGACUCUUUUGUGUUAUUACAUAAACAACUUGACCGGAGCAAUAAAUGGACGAAUAAAGAGAUCUUGUAAAAGG